AUGUCCCGGAAGCGCAAUCUCGACCCCGCCGCGCCGGCGAACGGCCAGAAGCGCCGCAAGCAGUACUCCGAGCAGGAUGCUGAGCUCGCGCGUGCCUUCGACCGUCUUGCAGACGAGGCGCGCGACGUGCGGUUGGGCGCGGCGAAAGAACUCGUCCUCAAGCUUUCUUCCGAUCCGCCGGCCGAGCUGGCCAACAAGAUCAUCGUGCGACUAAUCAGAGGACUAAAUAGCAGCCGCAAAGCCGCGCGUUUCGGAUUCUUCGUGGCGCUCACAGAAAUCCUCCGUCUGCUCUACGGUCCCUCCAGCAAAGAGAUUCCCGGUCUGGAACCCAACCUCCACGGUCUCGUCAAGCUCGUGGCUGAGCUGACGACGGUCGAGGGCAAGGCCACCGGCCAGGAAAAACGAGAUCACCUCCUCGGCCGUGUCUUCGGUUACAAGGCCAUUAUCCAGUCCUCGAUCCUCGUGCAACCGAACGCCGAAGAAUGCUGGGCGAAUGUCUUGGAACAACUGUUCAAGCUCGCACGCGAGAAGCCAUGGUUACGUGAAGAAUGCGGUCUCAUCCUGUGCGAGGCCGUCAAGGCAAUCGCGCAAGAGAAGGGAGAGCAAAGGCUCGCGAAGCAAAUCGUAGACGGUACCUGCUCCGGCGGCUUGGCAAAGACUCCGGAAGGAGUCGCCGUGUGGCUCACCGUGCAGGCUGCUUUCCCGGACAUGGAGCUUCCCCAAGGCGUGUGGCACAAGGAAGAUCCGUUGUCGACAAAGGAGAGGCAGGCGUUGGCGAACGUCAUGAAGGAGAAUUUUGCCAAGUCUGCCGACGGCACGACUGAAAAUGGCAAGAAGGUCAAGUCCGGCAGCUCGCAGACGACUCUCAACUUUGCUUGGGAUGUUGUCAUCACGUCUUUCCUGCAGAAAUAUGUGGAGGCUCGGCCCAAGUUUGCCAAUUUCUGGAUUGACAUUGUAGACAAUAAUCUAUUCUCGGCUUCGGCAUCUCCCGAGCAAAAGUCGAAAGGCUUCCAGCUCUUCUCGAGAAUGCUUGGAAAUGCUCCCGCAUGGGCAGUACCUGCAUUAUUCGGUCCGAACCUCAUGAGAUGCCUCAUCAACCAGCGGAAUGAUUCUGAAAGAAUUCUCCAUAAUGCCGCAAAGCUUCCCCUAGAUGACAUGCGUGCUAGAGCGAAGAGAGACCCCGAGUGUGCCGCGCCUAUGAUUGAAAAUCUGAUCACCAAGCACGGCUCGCUCAACUUUGACCAGAUAACCAAGAACAAGACGGUGGAAGGUGUGCUCAGUCACGCCAACGACGUCGCGCUUGGGGAGAUUGUGCCGCUCCUCAAACGGCUCAUCUACAGCCCCGAGGAACGAGAUGAGAAGGUGGCCGAGACCCAGCGCCGCACCAUCGCAGACAUGCUGGUCACGAUUGUCAGGUCUCGCAACAAGGAGAACCCAAUCGGCAGCGAUGACUCGUGGCUGCGGAAGCUUCUGAAUUUCCUCACGGAACUCUCCUACUUCACGCCCACUGCAGCAUGCUCCCCCGAUGAUUUGCCCCUGCCUGGCAUUUCCGACGCCUCCCGUAGCAUGUUCCAAGGUCGGUUAACAUCUUGUCUCGCUCACUUGCUAUCUUCGAAGCUCGACGUCGAGAUGGAGUACCCGUUCGUGGUGGUCUCUCACAUUCUCAAGAAGAACAAAUCGAAGGGUCUGGAGCUCGUUUUUGAGGCAGACAAGGAGGUCUCAAAGGUCGUUCAAAACGCACAGGAGCGGGCCAAGGAGAUUUCAAAAAAGCUCGGCAAAACCAAGGACAAGAAGAAGCCUGCUCUACGCGCCUUCAAACUCUUGUACUCUUUAACCAUAAUCCAGGUCUACAACGGAGACCCCGACGCCGUAUCGAUCCUAGACGAGUUGACAGUCUGCUACGAGUCCGCUUUUGAAAAGGAUGCGGAUGCGAACGCCUUCCAGCUGUUGACCGAAGUUCUACUCAGUUUUGCAGCGAAGCCGUCGGUCCUGUUCAGGAAGCUGUCUGAGCAAGUGUUUAACGUGUUUGCCUCGGAACUGACGGCGGACGGACUCCAGUCAAUGAUCGAAAUCCUGAGCAAGAAAGAGAGCAUGUCUGGUCAACAAGACCUGUUCGAUCAACAGGGCAGUGAAGAUGGAGAGGGGACAACUGAGGAUGAGGAUGGAGAGGGAACGACAGAGGAUGAAGAUGGGGAUAUGGAUUCGGAUGUCGAGAUGGUCGAGGCUGACGCAUCCGACGUGGAAGAAGUCGAAAGUUCUGACGACGACGAUGAGGAGGAAGAAAGCGGCGAAGAGAAUGAAGAAGAGCUGGAAAAGUUCGACGCUGCGCUCGCCGAGGCCUUAAACACAUCAAUCCCUACUGGCAAGGAUGAUUCAGACGACGACGACGCAGACAUGGACGACGACGAAAUGAUGGCGCUGGAGCCGGCACUCGCAAAGAUUUUCAAACAGCGCCAGGAGGCUGCGAACAAGAGCAAGAAGAAGGAAAACAAAGACGCCAAGGCGACGAUGAUCAACUUCAAAAACCGCGUGCUUGAUCUGCUCCUUAUCUAUGUCAAGCAGCAACACGCCAACCCUCUGGCUAUGGACACCAUCAUGCCGCUCCUCCAGCUCAUCCGCGAGACGACCGCCAAGCAACUAGCGGAAAAGGCGACGAACCUGCUCAAGCAGUACUUUGACGCUGCGAAGAAGGGCAUGCCCGCGCUUGAAGAGGAAGAGAUUGACAGCGUGUGGCAGCUGCUGAGCGACAUCCACACCGAAGUCGCCAAGGACUCGUCCAAGCUUCAUGCUGGCGCCUGCAGCCGCGCGAGUUUGUUCGUCGCCAAGGCCCUGGUGUUGAAGAGUGAGAAGGGCAAGGUGAAGAGCUACGAGAAGAUUGCCGAUUUGUACACGCGCACGCAGAAGCAGUGGUAUGCGGACCCGAAGUCGAAGGUACACCCGUCCUUCUUCAACGAGUGGAUCAACUGGUCGGUCGCUACGAGGCAGAACAAGUAG